AAAAACAUAUAUUAUGUGAGAAUUAAAUUUAGGUACUUGUUUUCACCAUGCUUUUAUUUCUAUUUUUUAUCACUGCAACCGUGAUUAAUAGGAUCAAAAAGAGUGUAACCCAUUUUAGCUCUGAUUCAAUAGCAUAGGGGUCAAGUAAUUGAUUAAUUCGUAGAGGGGAUAGUGAGCUACUUUUCAUCUAAGAAUUUGAAUUUGUAAUUAGAGGUGGAAAUUCGUUAAAUUAAAUUAAGCCUAAUUUGUUUCAUAAACUUAAGUGUUUGACAAUUUAUUUUUCUCUUUAAAAUUACUUUUAAUAGAAAUAAGUAUCUUUUAUGACAAAUGAAAACAAUAAAUAUAGAUUAAUGGCAGACGUGUUAGAAUGUCUACAAUAAGAAUUGUUUAAUAGUUGUUUAAUAAGAUUGAAGUGACAUAAAUUAGAUUAUGGGCAAUGUUAACAUGUGCCCUUAAGGCACAUGUUAAGGAGUAAUAAAUGGCUCAUGGUCCCACCUAUUUUAUUUUGGACAAAGAGAAAAUUAACUUCAGUCAAAUAAAUAUAAAAAAGUGUGCUUUUAAUUUUUUUAUGCCAAAAUUACCCUCACUCAUUUAACACAUACUGUGUCUAUUUUCUUCCUAGAUUUUGUUAGUUUCCCGCUAAUUUGUUUGAGAGUCUGUACUACUUUUUUUAACGCUUCUAAAUUUUCUUUAGACUUUUAUAUCUUUGAUGAAGAAGCCACCAAAGACUAUACUAACGGAUCAAGAUCCAUGGAUGAAAGAAGCAAUUUCAAAAGACUUGCCAUCAACAAAACAUAGUUUUUGCAUAUGGCACAUCACUUUUAAGUUUAGUAGUUGGUUUAAUGCUAUACUUCGGGACAAAUAUUCAAAAUGGUGUUCUGAUUUUUACGAGUUGUAUAAAUUGGAGACAUGUGAAGAAUUUGAGCAUCAAUGGCCAAAAGUUGUUGCUAAGUAUAACUUGCAGUCAAAUAAACAUGUGAAAGGAUUGUAUGAAAUCAGGAAUUACUGGGCACUCGCUUAUCUUCGUGACCAUUUCUUUGGUGGGAUGACAACUACCGGAAGAUCAGAGAGUAUUAAUGCAUUUAUUAAAAGAUUUAUAAAUUCUCACACAAGUUUAAGUGACUUUACAAAGCAGGUUGAUGUAGCGAUUGAUGAUAUUAAGCAAAAAGAAGACCAUGACAUAAUGUUAGAAAAGUGCAAAAGAAUUAACUUGAAGCUUAUGUCACCCUUGCAAGAGCAAGCUCAUGGUGUUCUUACAAGAUUUGCUUUUCAGAAGUUUCAAGAGGAGUUUGAAAGGUCCACCCAAUAUUCAAUUCAUCAUGAAAAUGGUAAUGAAUUUGUGUUGCGGUAUUAUAAAGAUGCUAAUAGUAGAAAACACAUGGUCUUUUGGGAUGGUAAAAUAGCUACAUGUAGUUGCAAGUAUUUUGAGUUUUGGGGUAUAUUAUGUCGUCACAUUCUCAGUAUUUUUCUUCAUAAAGAUUGUCAUGAAAUCCCUUCUAACUACUUGCCGUCACGAUGGCGGCUUCAAACAUCACAUGACGAUGAUGAAGUAGAUCCCCAACAAGUCAAUGUUGUCUUUGAGGAACAAGUCGAUGUUGUUCACUGUCCUCCACCUUCCAAAACAAAAGGUCGUCCCAAACGAAGACGUCUUAAAGGUGGAAAAGAGCUAUCACAUAACAUGAAUACUUGUGGAUUGUGCAAAGAUGUAGGACAUAAUAUUGUUACAUGUCCUCUAAAAGAAAAUACUCAAUUUUCUGGUCACACAAACAAGAAGAAAAAAAUUUGUAAAGAUGCAAAUUUAAAUCCAAUUCUUCUUCCAAAAGUUUAGGUACAUAUUUUUUCAUUUCAUUUAUUAAAUUCUUUAGAUUUCUAGUUUAAUAUACUUUUGUAGGAUUAUGUAUAUCCGAUAAUUAAUAAUAUUUUGUUUGUUUCUACCCUUUGUUUCUAACAGGAAUAUGUUGGCAAUGUAGCAUGUGGAAUGAUACUUCAGAGUUUAGAAAAGAAAGCUGAUGUUGGCAUAGGCAUGAAGGCCCUGGAUCUAUUUUUUAUGAGUUUUUUAUUUUAAUUAAACAUUUGAACCUCUUUUUGGAUAUUUUUUGUAUUGGAAUGGUAUUAUUUCAUUUGAAUUGCUAAUAUAUUUUGAAUUAGUUUUUAUUAUUUAUUUAA